AAUAGGCCCAAGCCCCUGACAGCUGUCCCUUGGGCCUCCAACUCUAUGCCCUGUCUUCCCUCUCUGAGCCUGGCUAAGAUUUAGGGUAGCCUGACCCCUCUGGCUCCUGCUCCCACAAUCCCAGCCCCAUGAGUCAUAGGGGCAAAGAGAGGCCCAGACCCCAGUUUGGGAGCAGGGGAAGGUAUUGCCCUCCACUUUCAAUCCUUUUCCCCAAAUGGGCAGGCCUGUGCAUUCUUCGCAGUGGAUCCCCUGUGCCUGUCUCUCCCACCCAGGAUCAGGCCCAGGGGCAGCUGGUUGGGGUUUGUCAAAAAGAAGGAUUAUCCAGAUCAGUCCCUUCUAAUCUCAGCUCCUGCCUGUACCCUCCCAUAUUCAUCAUAACCCUUUUCCUCCACCUCCCUGCACUAAGGAACACAAUCUGAGGUAUUGACAAUGGGACCAUCUAUCACCCUUGUAUCCUGGUUCCUGGACUGUUGCUAAUUGCCCUGACUGUCAAGAUCAUCACUGUUGGUGGGGGUCAGAGCUGAGGGGCCACCAGAGCUGUGGUUGCUGCUGUUCCUUUGCACCCCUCCCAAACCCCAACCCCUAAUCCUCACAGCUUUGCUCUAAUCCCAUGGGGCCUGAUGCUCUUAUCUCUGCCUGCAGAGAGACUGACCAGGGAAGCACCUCUUCAGCCCCUCCUCCCUCAGGGCUUGUGGUGGGCGCAGCUCCCCUCUAGGCCCCACACUCCUGUUCCCACCUCUCCUCCAGACUGGGCCAAGUCUCUCUGGAAGCCACAUAUCUUGCUCCCUCCCUGUCCUCUACCCCAACCCCUGCCAGCUGAUUUCAUUUGCCUGAGUCUGGUUGGCCCUACCCUUCUCUGUCAGGCCCCCCCUACCCCCCCCCCCCCCCCCCCCCGCCAGUCGGGGCCAGGCCAGGCCAGCUCCUCUGGCAGCAGAGCCUGGGCAGGUGACGGGCGUCGUAGCCGAGGGAGUGAGGAGGCACCCGGGAACUGAAGCCGGAAACCUGGGAGAGGUCCAGCCAGAGCCCAAGAGUCUGGUGCGGGAUGUGAGGAACAGCAACGUGGCCCAGUGAGCAUUCCCCAACACCUACCCCCUGUUCCUGGCAGAAGCCGAAGCUACCCCUCAACCUGUCAGCCAUGGGGGAGAUGGAGCAGCUGCGGCAGGAAGCGGAGCAGCUCAAGAAGCAGAUUGCUGAUGCCAGGAAAGCCUGUGCCGACAUGACUCUGGCAGAGCUGGUGUCUGGCCUAGAAGUGGUGGGACGAGUACAGAUGCGGACACGGCGGACAUUAAGGGGACACUUGGCCAAGAUCUAUGCCAUGCACUGGGCCACUGAUUCCAAGCUGCUGGUAAGUGCCUCGCAAGAUGGGAAGCUGAUCGUGUGGGACACCUAUACCACCAACAAGGUGCACGCCAUCCCACUGCGCUCCUCCUGGGUCAUGACCUGCGCCUACGCCCCGUCAGGGAACUUUGUGGCGUGUGGGGGGCUGGACAACAUGUGUUCCAUCUAUAGCCUCAAAUCCCGUGAGGGUAAUGUCAAGGUCAGCCGGGAACUCUCUGCUCACACAGGUUAUCUCUCCUGCUGCCGCUUCCUGGAUGACAACAACAUUGUGACCAGCUCCGGGGACACCACGUGUGCCUUGUGGGACAUUGAGACUGGGCAGCAGAAGACUGUGUUUGUGGGACACACUGGUGACUGCAUGAGCCUGGCUGUAUCUCCCGACUUCAAACUUUUCAUUUCGGGGGCCUGCGACGCCAGUGCUAAGCUCUGGGAUGUGCGUGAGGGGACCUGCCGUCAGACUUUCACUGGCCAUGAGUCGGACAUCAACGCCAUUUGUUUCUUUCCCAAUGGAGAGGCCAUCUGCACGGGCUCAGAUGAUGCCUCCUGCCGCUUGUUUGACCUGCGGGCUGAUCAGGAGCUGACUGCCUAUUCCCAUGAGAGCAUCAUCUGCGGAAUCACAUCUGUGGCCUUCUCUCUCAGCGGCCGUCUGCUCUUUGCUGGCUAUGAUGACUUCAACUGCAAUGUCUGGGACUCCAUGAAAGGCGAGCGUGUGGGCAUCCUCUCUGGCCAUGACAACAGAGUCAGCUGUCUGGGGGUCACAGCUGAUGGGAUGGCUGUGGCUACUGGUUCCUGGGACAGCUUUCUCAAAAUAUGGAACUAGGGAGGCUGGAAGAAGGGAAGUGGAAGACCAUGAAGACACUUGGUGACCCCCACCCUCCAAUCUUUCAGGUUCUCUCUUUUAUAUCCCAGGUGCCAUUCCCAGUGAGCUUUAUCCCUGAGGGCAGUGGGAGAAGAAGGGGAGUAUGUCUUUGGGAGGCAGCCUCAGGGACACAGGGACAAAGAACUGCCCUGUUUCCUCUCAUGGCCUCUCCUCCCCAUAAUCCUCACAGCCUGUCCCUUAAUCAGCAAGGACAACCAACCCCUCCCCAGCCCUUUGCAGGCCCAGCAAGCUUCCAGUUGAGCUGCAGGUCCUAGGAUCUCUCUACUACCUUCAUCCAGACGUGGGUGGUAUAGGGCAUUCAGCUCUGCAACUAUGGCUCCUGCACCACUAGAGUCCUUGCCCACUUCUCCUUCAUGCUUUUUCCACCUUCUUAUUUUUUUUCUCCUAAAGCACUACAAUAAAUUAUAGAACACUGGUA